GCUGUCCUGUCAUCGGGUUGGGUGUGGUUUGCAGGGUACCGUUAGCAGGAAAUCCAGCUCGAGUCCAUUUUACUUUAAGGCGAAACAAAGGAAAAACACCCCCCACUCGCGUAGGGUCGAAAAUAGCUCUUCGCAGUCCAACGGAAAAAAGUGAGGUUUUGUUUCCUCGAGACGGGAAAGCGUUUGGUUGGCGCCGUUGUUCUGAUGGGAAAAAGUUUUCUCCUGGUUUAGCAAACUGCUCUUUUUAUUUAAUAACUUCAUAGAAAGCCUGAGCCGGACGUGAAAGAAAAGAAAGAUGCCGAAAACGAUUAGUGUAAGAGUUACCACUAUGGAUGCCGAACUGGAGUUCGCCAUUCAGCCCAAUACAACAGGAAAGCAACUCUUUGACCAGGUUGUGAAAACCAUCGGCCUACGAGAGGUUUGGUACUUUGGACUCCAGUACCAGGACACAAAGGGUUUCUCUACUUGGCUGAAGCUCAAUAAGAAGGUAACAGCCCAGGAUGUGAGGAAGGAAAGCCCGCUGCUGUUUAAGUUCCGUGCCAAGUUCUUCCCCGAGGAUGUCUCAGAGGAGUUAAUCCAGGAUGCCACACAGCGGCUAUUCUUCCUGCAGGUAAAGGAGGGAAUCUUAAAUGAUGACAUCUACUGCCCUCCAGAGACGGCGGUCCUUCUGGCCUCCUACGCGGUGCAGGCCAAGUAUGCCGACUACAAUAAGGAAGUCCACAAACCAGGCUAUUUGAGCAGUGAACACCUGCUUCCGCAAAGAGUCCUGGAUCAGCACAAGCUCAACAAGGAACAGUGGGAAGAGAGGAUUCAAGUGUGGCAUGAAGAGCACAAGGGCAUGAUGAGAGAGGAAUCCAUGAUGGAGUAUCUGAAAAUUGCUCAGGACCUCGAGAUGUACGGAGUCAAUUACUUCAACAUCAAAAAUAAGAAGGGAACAGAGCUGUGGUUGGGAGUGGAUGCUUUGGGUCUCAACAUUUAUGAACAAAAUGAUAAAAUGACGCCCAAAAUUGGAUUUCCAUGGAGUGAAAUAAGAAACAUUUCCUUCAAUGACAAGAAGUUUGUUAUCAAACCAAUUGACAAGAAAGCACCUGACUUUGUAUUCUAUGCUCCAAGGCUGCGCAUCAACAAGCGUAUUCUGGCUCUGUGCAUGGGUAACCAUGAGCUCUACAUGCGCCGCCGCAAGCCCGACACUAUUGAAGUGCAACAGAUGAAGGCGCAGGCUCGGGAGGAAAAGAAUCUCAAGAAGAUGGAGAGAGCUGUGCUGGAAAAUGAAAAGAAGAAAAGAGAACUUGCAGAGAAGGAAAAGGAAAAGAUCGAAAAGGAGAAGGAGGAAUUGAUGGAGAGGUUAAAGCGGAUUGAGGAGCAGACGAGAAAAGCUCAGCAAGAGCUGGAGGAGCAAACGCAGAGGGCUCUGGAGUUGGAGCAGGAAAGGAAGCGUGCUCAGGAGGAGGCUGAACGCCUGGAGAGUGAUCUUAAGAGUGCUGAGGAUGCCAAGAUGGCGCUGCUGCAGCAGUCAGAGAACCAGAUGAAGAACCAGGAGCACCUGGCCACAGAGCUGGCUGACCUGACUUCCAAGAUUUCCCUGCUGGAGGAUGCCAAGAAGAAAAAGGAAGAAGAAGCAUUAGAGUGGCAGCAGAAGGCUACGACAGUGCAGGAGGACCUGGAAAAGACCAAAGAAGAGCUUAAAAACAAAGUGAUGGUACCUCAGGAGCCCCUAAACGCAGAGAACGAGCAUGAUGAGAAUGAUGAGAGCAGCGCCGAAGCCAGCGCCGAGUUAACAGGUGCUGCCACGUACAAGGACCGCAGCGAGGAGGAGAGAAUGACUGAAGCCGAGAAGAACGAACGCUUACAGAAACAUCUACUUGCUUUAAGCUCAGAGCUGGCCAACGCCCGGGAUGAGAGCAAGAAAACGGCAAAUGACAUCAUUCAUGCAGACAACAUGCGAGCAGGACGUGACAAGUACAAGACCCUCAGGCAGAUCCGGUCAGGAAACACCAAACAGCGUAUCGAUGAGUUUGAAUGCAUGUGAUGUCUGCAUUCACCAACGCAAAAGCCCACAGAGCUGGGCCUUUCUGCCUGGACUGCAGUCCUGCCUCACUUUAGCUGUUUUCUCUGUACCCAAAUAAAGUCAGAUCCACCAAAUGACGUUGCUGCAAAAGCACAGCAUGUUGUACAAAUGUGGAUCUGGAAGGUUCUGUUUGUUACCAUUUCUUACUUUGAAUUUUAGACAAGUCACUGGUUGAAAAGGGACAUACUGUAUUUUAUUAGUACAUUCCUCACUAGGGGUAUGUGUAGCAUAUUAGUAACGGGCUCACGCCUCAUUUCAUGACACAUUGAGCAAGCAACUUUUAGUUUGUUUUAUCUCUUUCACAUUUUUAUAUCAUCAUUUCUAAAUAAAAGCUGUAGAAAUCCAUUUAAUUUUGUGCCAUUCACAAAUCCAAAUUGUGCCAUAAGCCAUUUGCACUUGAUUCUUUACAGCAAGCUGGAUAUUUUACUUUUUUUUUUUUUAGAAAUAAUGCUUUUCUGCAGUUUAAAAUUAAUUGCACUGCAAUCUAUACGAGCAAAUGCAAAUAAUAUAAAUAAAUUGUUUGUAUGGAACAAAAAACAGCAGCAGUAUUAUUAAUAUUUUCUAUUAUUAUUAUUAUUUUGAAAAUUCACAGUUUAUUUACUAAUUUUACUGCACUCAGAAUCAUCCAGCAGUUAAAAGUCACAGUAUUUACAGCCUACUGGCAAUGUGAUAUGAAGGAUCUAAGGAUUUUUGUCUUUUUUUUUUUUCCAUUUUCAGUUCUACACUUUCAGCUGUGUGGCUGAAAGUGUAGAACUUGCUGUUGAAGCUUAAGCAAACAAAUGUCUAACUGUGCCCAGAGACGGAAUAAACUUGGUAUGUCAUUUGCAAAUCUCAUAUGUUGUAACAAUCCAGUUGUUUGAAGAAUCCAAAUUUAGUUUAACGUAUACGCUGCAACUUGUUUUUUCCUCAUGCUCAGACAUCAAAAGAGAAGGUAGCACUGAUAUGCACAUCUACAUAUGCUGACCUACAUACGCUGAAGAAAGAAGCAAGGCUGAAAUUUGACCUGCAAAUUAAAUCUGAUUGAAAUUUGUAGAAAUUAUCAGCUGCAUUUAACCAUUAAAAUAUUUUUUUUAACCAUCAUCAUCAAGUCUUUGCUCUUUUACUUAUCACUGAGGAUGUUUUUUGGUUAUUAUAGUGAUUAUUGUUUUACCCAGUACAGCAAUGGUAAUUGUAACUUGUGAAGUUGGCUUCUAUUGUUAAACACAUAGUCAUCUGUAAAGGUGAAAGCUGUAGUUUAAUCUUAAAACAAGCAAUGCGUAAAAUAAAACAAUUUCGUCAGACAUGCACUGGAAAAAUCAGUUUACCUUUUUACAAGUGAGUCAAAUUAUACUGUCCCACAUGGGCACAUUCUCCGAAGCAUGCAUUUUUAUAUACUGUAUGUAUUUAAUGACAUUUGUGUGUUUUUGUAUUUGGGAUUUUUCAAAUGUGAUACAAUUAUGUAAGGUCUAAGAGAGACACACCUUAGGAUAUUUUUGUAAUGUAGAAAACUAGGAGUACUUGUCAACAAUACCUGCUUUCAAAGGAACAGCAUUUUUUAAAGACAGCGUUUUGUAAGUGGAAGAACCAGAUGGUACAGGACAUUCUUUUAAGGGUGCGUUAAACCAUUGAACCUUUUUUUUUUUUUUUAGAAAUUAGUAUUUGAUUUCUUUUUCACAUUUCAAAUUAAGCCCAAAUUUAUUUUAGUGAUAAAUAUUUCUGAUUAUUUUAUUUUGAUGUCUUUUAGUGAAAGAAAAAAAGACACAUUUUGAUCAGCAGUGUAGUUUUACUUGUUUUAUGUGCCAUGAAAACAGAUCAAAGGAUUGCUGCUACAGAUUCCUUUACAUGCCUUGAAUAGUAACUUUUGUGAUCCUUGCAGUUUGUGUUUUACCCCAAAGUUUGUGUGUUAGCAGCCUAAUUUGAAAUUUAGUCGUCAUAGGUGAUAACUCAUUAAAAGAUGCUUGUCUUGUCUCAAAAAGGAAAAUAAUGUUGACUUAUAAAACCAUUGACAGACAGUGCCUUGCCCAGUUUGUUCAUGAGAUCUUGCUGCUUAAAGUCUUCCUUUCACCAAUAAAUGAAAUUUAGAAUAAA